UAGAUUUCAUCUUUGCUUCCUGAAAUUUGAAACGAGUGACAAAUUAAAGAUCGCUUACAAAUUAUUGAUAUAGCCCGGUACACGCAACACGUUGACAAUCAUUUCUUUUAAAAGUGUUGGAAUUACAAAAGCGCCGUUCUUCUGUAUGUUUUCAUUCCGUCUACUUGAAUAAAACCAAAAUCAAUAUUUAAGUAACAUGUGAUACUGAACAGCCAAUCAGAUUUGCGCUGGCUUCACAUUUUCCUAUUUUUGAUGCACUUUGAGGCUUAACUGCAAACCGUGAAAGCUUACACGCCGCUUGAGUGAAGUACUGUAGGAUUGCGACGGCAGUGGUGUUAUAGUACUAAAAAAGAGUAGUCUCAAGAUAUUGACAUAAGAACAAAACAGAACCUAUCAAAGUUCGGAACAGAUAUUACCAAUAAUUUUUUGAUAACAGUACGUUUGUCUUAAAUCAAAAAUGGAGACCUGGAUACUACUAUCACUUGUGUACAUUCUUGGAGCACGACUUGCCGGUGGCUCCGGGGAGCACGAGGACGUCGGUGGCGUUGACCCUUUUGAGGAGAUUCUGGAGUACUUGAACGUGACGGACACUUCCGGCUUCACCGAGACGCGGCUACAGGAAGUGGUGGCGGUGUUUGUGAAUCGGUUCCAUUGUGAUGCUGACAGAACUCCAGGCCCAUGUCAGCACAACUACUGCCUGAACAUGACGUUAUUGCUCACCGGAUGUAGUGGCCUGGUGGACGAGGAAUGCUGGGGUCAGGUGUCCAUUGACCUCCUGGCGGUCGCCCCAGCGCUUUCAGGAAGUUGUCACUCGGAGGUUCGGUCGUCGUCGACCAGUUUCGAGGAGCGCCGACUUUGGCUGACCGGAAAUAUCAGCGCCGAUGGCCGGAUAGACGUGGAACGAUUUCAGGAGUACUUGGAUAUGCUUGAUUUAGAAGCCAGUGAUAGUCAACAGGAGCAUACUGACGAAGACGAACACUCGGAGAACGAACACUUGGAGGACGAACACUCAGAGGACGGACACUCGGAGGACGAACAUACUGUCAGCAAAUCAUUUAACCCCAAUUGCUUGGGAGCGGACGUGGUUUUCCACGAGAUGGCACUUCCGGUCGAGCGGACUGCAAACUUCUCCAACCUCGCUCACUUGGCGUCGCUGGUUGUCCUUCAUAUAGUCAGAGGAUGGCCGGUGUCGAGGGAGUGUCGCUUGUUGCCAUGGCCACAGUUCUUCACGGACCACCUUCUCGAGACACUUGGGGCCGUAAACGACACCGUCACAGAAGCAGACCUGGAACAGAUAUUCACGGCACUUGAGAUCGGCAGUGUGCAGCCAGGGGCACACGCCGGACAUGACGACGCUCAUCGACGACGCCGACGGGAGGCGGACCACUCAACGUUCCUCUUGAAACACGAUUGGGAGACCACAUGUUACACGGCGGACCAACUGUACUCGGUGUUUAGCGUGGACCCGGUCGCCAUUUCCGGGGAUGAUAUUGGGCGCCUCUGUCCGGCCAUACUUCAACAGAAAUUGGCCGGAAGUUGUGUGAAAGAUGCAGAAAAAAUAACGGUUCAAGGCCCAACGGACGCCGAAAAAUACGGUUACGGUACGCUGGCGACGUUGAUCGUGUGCGCAUGCUCGGCUGUCGGCGCGGUGUUUGUCCGCUGUGCGGGCUCGGUCGCCCAUUCAGUGCUUAUGUCCGUUUUCUUGGGUCUCGCCGUCGGAACUCUGUACGCGGACGCUCUCCUGCAUCUUAUUCCGGUUGCGCUCGGUGUCGAUAGCCAUGGUGACGAGGAGGGAAUGGAAGAGGAGGAGCACGAGGCGAUGGAGCCGUACGUCUGGUUCUCCCUUCUCACGUGCGCAGGAAUCUACGUGUUUUAUCUGUUUGAAAAGCUCAUAACCCUGUACCGUCCUAGUUUUUUGCGUUAUCAAUCCGAUCCAAGUUCAGGUGGCCACGGACACAGUCAUAGCUGUAUGCAGACGGCUGCACAGCAUGGGGAGGCGGCCAACGGACAGGUGGUGGUCGUUGAUCAGGCGUACCAGAAGGGGUUCAAGUCCUUCAAAGAAAAUGAUCUGGUGGAUCAAGAAAAAGUGGACACCGUUUCCAACAUGAAACAUAAACCGCAGAAACAAGGCCUGUCCACAAUAGCGGUUAUGGUGAUAGUUGGGGACGCGAUCCACAAUUUCGUGGACGGAAUGGCGCUCGGAGCCGCAUUCUCCACACGCCUGUCCCUCGGCGUCGCGACCACUAUUGCUGUGUUCUGUCAUGAACUUCCGCACGAACUAGGCGACUUCGCAAUUCUUCUUUCCUCCGGACUAUCAUUCGGCCGGGCGCUGGCCUUUAACUUCCUUUCCUCACUGACGGCACUGGCGGGGCUGUUCGUUGGGUUGGCGGCUGCCGCCGAUGACUCGGUCAAGCUGUGGAUCGUCGCUAUCACUGCUGGCAUGUUUCUGUACAUAGCUCUCGUGAAUAUGUUGCCGCAACUGCUGCUCAGAUCUGAGGAGCCCGUGCGAGAUUUCCUCCUCAACAACGUGGGAAUUCUCCUCGGUGUCGCCAUGAUGCUCAUUCUAGCCAUAUUCGAGGAGAAAAUCCAGUUAUAAUAGAAUCCAGUUCAUAUUUAUACAAGCCAAAUAUGGAGAGAACAUCUACAAGGUGGUGCUUACGAAUGUUCUCGAGUAUGAGCCUAAACUCCCAUUCAGGAAAGCACUUGUAUUAAAUUACAAAGGAUUAAAUUUGUUCCGUUGGUUUUACAAUAGUAAAUGUAAAUGUUUGUACAAUUUCAAAUGGUGAUAAAAUUCAGCAAACUCCAUCAUCAAUAUUAAAGAAAGUGACAUGGAAUGAAUACUUACAAUGAUCAUCAAGGGCGUCAACAUACAUGUAUAUACUAUUUGCGAACUUUGAUUAUCAGUCAGAUUUAGACACCAUACACACUAAAUUCAGAACAGCAUUAUCACGACUAAGAGUAGCCUCACAUAGAUUAGAAAUAGAAAUGGGCAGAUGGCAUAAGCCCUCAAAAAUACCAAAGAAAUGACCGAAAAUGUCAGUCUUGUAAUACACUCGAAGAUGAAUUCCAUUUUCUUCUAGAAUGUCGAUUAUGCCAUGAAUUAAGACCUAUAUAUUAAGCAAUAUUACUUGCGCAAUCCAAACCUCCAAAUACAUCGAGCUUACCUCGAGUGAAAAUGAAACUAUUGUUAGAAAACUGUUGUUUUAUUUAUAUGGGCUUUGAAAUGCGUCAGAACAGAUACUACACAAUUUUCUCCAUUUACUUAAUUGUUCGCGUUAUAAGCAAAUGUAUUAUAAUUGUACGUAAACUGAACUUGGGGAACUAUGUUUGAUAGACGGCAGUUUUUUAUGAAAAAUGAAUAUUAAAGAGUUAAUUUGUAUAUCAAACACAUUUAACAUAAUGCCUCGAUUAUUAAAUAAAUACAUUUUAAUAUUUACCAAACAGUUAACUUGGAUAUGCUGCAAACAGUUACUUCACAUUAAUAAUAUAUUCACAUGUAUUUUGUUUACACAUUAUUACUCAUUUUGAAAGUUGUUAUACCUGAAAUGUUUAUAAAAUGUACAUGUUGGUAUUAUAUGUAAAUCGUGGGCUGUAAGCUAAAUGUUAAUAUAUUCUUCUUCAUCAUCAACAUCCGAUCACCCAGAUUCCUAUAAUCCAGUUCACAUAUAGAGAUCGCCAUUAUGGUCAUAGUUUUGAUUUUGAAAUGGCAAAUUCAGUUUACAUAGAAGGUCUGCUAUUCUAGAAAUAUAUGUGAUUUUAUACAUGGGAAAUCCAGUUUACUUUUAGAGAUCACUAUGUGGUAAUACUUGUGAAAAAUAAAGGAGAAAUCCAGUUUACAUAUAAGGUUCGCUAUUAUGGUUUACUUGUGAAGUAUAAAGGAGAAAUCCAGUUUACAUAUAAGGUUCGAUAUUAUGGUUUACUUGUGAGUAAUACAGGGGGAAUCCAGUUUACAUAUAGGGAUAGCUUAUAUGGUCAUACUUUUGGUUUAGAAAGAGGGCAUCAAGUGUACAUUUCAUUAGGGGUCGCUAUUCUAGUUAUAUAUGUCAUUUAUACAUGUUAAAUCAAGUUUACAUUUAGGGGUCGCUUUCAUGGUCUGAUUUCAUGUGAUUUUAAUAUGAAGGGAAACCCCAUUCAAUAUGGUCUACUUUCUACCCACCUUUCGUCUCUUCGAACUUUUCACAAUUAUGCAGACUGUGUCAACCAUAUUUUAAUUUGUUUUUUAAAUGUUUGUUUUCUUUUGUUUCUUUGAUACAGCAACUUUCGCGUUUAUCUGCUGUGGUUGAAAGCGAACAACCCUUGUAUAAUUAUUAUAAUGAUUGAGAAGGUUCCAGCCGAUAAAUAAAUAUAGUAGUUGCUAUGUGGUGGUAGUUGCUACGAAGUACAUGUCGAUAAUAACUUUAUAUACAUAUAUGAAACUGAAUAAUUAUAAGUGCUUGCUCGUUAAAUGAAUUGAGUGAAAAGGUGACAUUACAAAAUGCUAAUUAUUUAUGUAAAUAUAUAUUGUUACUAGUAUCACAAUCAGCGUUGGUCGUGGAAGCGCAUACAGUGUUAUAGCCAGAUACUUUCAUACAAGCUAUGCGUACCAUAUACGAGUACAUCAUAUAUAUGCGGAAGGUUUGCCUUAUUUUAAUGCAUUCCGUAAAACAUUAUAUACAUGUCGCCCAUGCGGAAAAUAAAUGUAAAAACCGUC